GAAAUCCUGAGCGUCAUAAUUCCUUAAAUCCAAAUUGAAUGCCGAGCCAGCCGCAGGGACAGCGACUUCGUAGUGAGAAUGAUGAGGCUUGUUCACUAAGAGACUUUUUCAUGAACAGGAAUAUUCUAUUGGAGCAGUUUCAGCAGGUUCAGCUCUCCGCACCAGUUCUUUCGCAAUUUAACCAAAGUGCGGCUUUAGAAUUUUGAUGGAACUUCUUUUUCCUUUUGGGAAAAAGUUUAGAGAAGUAGAAAGCCGUUAGUGCUCUCAACGACAUCGCAAGGAUAAUUAUACAGCGACCGCACGACAUCAAAUUUUCGUUCCCGAGAAAAAUAAUAAAAUGAGCGACACCAAACCGGAGGCUUCUUCCAGCGCAGUGGAGCGCGAAAACGAGGAGACCGAGCAGGAAAACGAGGAGGAGACCAAGAUCGGCAUCGGGGGGCAGGAGAUCCCGCUGCAGUCGCUGAACUUUGAGCAGCUGAAGCAGCUGGCGCAGCAGCUGCAGGUGGAAAUCAACCAGAUGAAUACCACUAUCAAGUCCUUCAACGUGGCCUCGGAGCGGUUUCGCUCGUCCGCCGAGUCCCUGGCCCACCUGCGGUCGCACUCGGAGAAGGAGCAGGCGACCCAGAAGCGGGUGCUGGUGCCGCUGAACAAUUCGGUGUACAUGGACGGGUUCGUGUCCAAGCCGGACGAGGUGCUGGUGGACGUUGGUACGGGGUACUACUGCCAGAAGAACGUGGAGGGCGCGACCAAGUUUCUGGACAACAAGGUGGAGAUGGUGCAGGCCAACAUGGCCCAGGUGGCGCAGAUGCUCAAGAAGAAGCAGCAGGUCUUCGAGGAGGCGACGGGGUUGCUCAUGAAGAUGCAGCAACAGAUGUCUGGGGCAUAAGAAGUAAGGAGUACUAUACUUCUUCUCUUAUCGCUACGGCUUUUAAAAUUCUCGUGGUUGUACAACCUUUCGCGACGUCAGAGGGGAUAAUCUUACCUAGAGGAUAAGUACUUAGCCCGUUGUUCUGUCUUCAUCUUUCCACGAGGGCGCGUGUCGAUUUGAUGCACAACGACCACGCACGGCUAGCGACCUAAUAUUCUUAACGUAGAUAACGAUACUUACCAAUCUGCGACGACGAUCAUGUUGAACAAGUUGCGAUGUCUGCUUACUAUAAAAGUUUGACACUGAUGUUCUGGAUCUGGUGGUAAGGGGGUUUUUAUUGAACGAACACCAAUUUGACGAAGACGAGUCACCGAAUCUACUCCUGGGUCAACAUGUCGACAGCUAUCUUUAUUUGACGAAAAAUGAU